AUGGUCUUUAAAUGCCAAGAAGAUAGUUUUUUGCAAGAAUUCCAAACGAAGGUUGUUUCCUGCGAGAAUGUAGCUGGCGGUUACAGCGUCGUGUUUGAAGAUACCAUCCUUUUCCCCGAAGGUGGCGGACAACCUACCGAUCAUGGCUUGGUGGCUGGUCGUAAAGUAACAUCGGUUGUGCGCAAGGGACCGACAGCCAUCCACUUCGUAGAAGACGAUGGCACGAACGGUCCACCGUUUGCUGUUGGAGAAGAGGUCCACCAACGCGUAGAAUGGUCUCGCCGGUUUGAUCACAUGCAGCAACACUCUGGACAGCACCUCAUAACAGCUAUAUUUGAUCGCGAGUUCAAGUACAACACCAGAUCCUGGUGGUUGGGUACGGAAAGUUCGUAUAUCGAUCUCGACGCAAAGGAUGUUGACCGGGAUCAGCUGGAAAGGGUGGAAAGCAUAUGCAACCAGCUGAUCGUCGAUUGUACACCCGUCCAGGUGAACGUGUACGAACCGGACGAUCCGGCACUAAAGUCCGAUGUUACCCGGGCAACCCGUGGCCUGCCGGAGGAUGUGUCCGGCCCAUUGCGGGUAGUAACAAUAGCCGGUGUUGAAAGUAACAUGUGCUGCGGAACUCACGUACGUAAUCUUAGCCAGCUGCAAACAAUUAAACUGCUCAGUGUCGAGAAAGCGAAAGGAAAGUGUCUAGUGUAUUUCCUGGUCGGUGGCCGUGUGCUGCGCAAACUGUCCGAAUGCUACGAGCGUGAGGUUCAGUUGAAUUCACUUUUAAAUGGUGGACCCGCUUCGCACAUUGAGCUGGCAAAGAAGUUACAAACCUCCGUACGAACUACCCAGCGCGUGGCCAAAAAACUAACUACCGAACUGGCCACAGCCGAGGCAGAAAAGUUAAACGCAUUGCGGGACAAUGGUCCACCAACAUACGUGCUGCUUCAUCGCAGUGAUGGACAGGAGUCGGAUUUCAUCAAUACUUUCCUACGUGUGGUAAAACUGCCCGAUUGUUUCUUCUUUCUUACGAACGCCGAUACGGACGGUAGUGGCAAAGGGCAGCUUGUUCUGCAGGGCAAACCGGACGAUGUGGCCAAAUUGGGCCCGGAAAUAUGCACCCUGCUAGAAGGAAAGGGCAAUGGGAAAGGUACACGCUUUAAUGCGAAGGUUAACAAGCUGAAAAAUUUACCACAAUGUGAAAAACUAGUCCGAGAGCAUUUUCCGCCGGUCGACGGAACGGUGGAGAAGUGA